AUGCUUUUCGAAACUACUUUGAAGAAAGUUGUGGACAAGCUCUGGGGACGUCACCUUCAUGCGAAGCAACGGUUCGUCCCCCCGUUCAUUUGUUGUUCGGGACAAUUGACCAACACCAGGAUCCGGAAUUUGCACAGAACGGUCGAAUGCAUUAGUUGCUUUGACGAAGUGACCCUCAACAAGGUCCUCCGUGCUCCAUGCAAGCACAAUUACUGCUCCUCCUGCCUCGCGGCCCUCGUCAACCAAUCCAUCAAAGACGAGUCGUGUUUCCCUGUGCGAUGCUGCAAGAAAAAGGUCCCCACCACGCGAAUACUCAAACACCUCGAAGAUCAAGACAUCAAGCGCAAUCUAUCAGCCAAGAUGCACGAGUACGCAACACCGCAAAGUCAGCGACUCUAUUGUCCCACGAAGAGCUGCACCACGUUCCUCGGAGCCGCCUCGUCCUUUAGAUUCCAAUCCGUCCGGUGUCCCGCGUGUCACAAGGCGACGUGCAAAUGGUGCCGGCGGCCGAUGCACAAAGGGAGCCCUUGCGCCGAGGACGAAGCUACCCAGGAGCUUAGGCGGACUGCGAAAUCGGAAGGGUGGCAGACGUGUCCGGGGUGCAAGGCGGUGGUGCAGAGGUUGUCGGGGUGUAACAGCAUUGUGUGUCGAUGUGGUGUCAAUUUUUGCUAUUUGUGUGGGAUGAAGAUGUCGAAAUGUCGGCAUGGUCAGUGUUUGCGUGUUAAUGCAAGAUAG